CCGAGUCAGUGAAAUGACUCGUAACGCCUGUCUGUAGCAUAAAAGUGAAGGUGAUGCAUUUCCUACAUCAGUAGUUUAGCUGGUGUUUGGCUGGAGUAAACCUGAACCUGUUCAAGAAGAUUAUUAUCGUGAUAAGGUUCACAGCUCACGCUAACAUCUGGAAUGGCUUCUCAGUGGAAUGAUCUGAGUCUCCUCAUGAACUCCCCGGACUCGCUGUCCAACCCUACUCGAGGAACCAUUAAAGAUAAAGCAGGAUUUAAUGCAGGUGAAGAUGCUGCUGCUUUGAGGAAGGCCCUCGAGGGAAUCGGAACGCGGGAGAGCACACUGAUCGAAAUUCUGACUCGGAGAAGCAGCGCUCAGCGUCAGCAGAUCUGUAAAGUGUACAAGGACAUCACCGGAAAGUCUCUUGUGGACGCUCUGAAGGGAGACACUCGUGGAAACUUUGAGGACGUUCUGGUGGCUCUUGUUACCCCACCGGGGCAGUUUGACAUGAAGGCAAUUAAAAAGGCAAUUAAAGGAGCUGGAACCACAGAGAGCACGCUGAUCGAGAUCCUGGCGUCCCGAUCCAACCAGCAGAUCAAAGCUCUGUCUGAUGCGUACCUGCAGGAGACGGGGAAAGCGCUGAUUAACGAUCUGAAGUCGGAGGUGUCGGGGGAUUUCGGGAAAACGCUGCUCAUCCUGGCUGAGGGCAAAAGGGACGAGAGCAAAAACGUGGACGUGGCCAAAGCUAAAGCUGAUGCGAGGGCGCUGUACGAGGCCGGAGAGAAGAAAUUGGGGACGGAUGAGAGCAAGUUCAUCGAUAUCCUCUGUCACAGGAGCGUUCCUCAACUCCGACAAACUCUUGUGGAAUAUAAGGACCUGAGCGGGAAAACUCUGCAGCAGAGCAUCGAGAAAGAGAUGUCUGGAAAAAUAGAGGAGGUUUUAGUAGCAAUCGUGAAAUGCGUGAAGAGCGCCCCUGCUUACAUGGCAGAGCUUCUCCAUAAGAGUAUGAAGGGUGUGGGCACUAACGAGGCCAUGCUGACUCGGAUCAUGGUGAGCCGCUCCGAGAUCGAUCUGAUGGACAUCAAGUCUGAGUAUAAAAAACUGUACAGCCGCUCCUUAUACUCCGAUAUCAAGUCCGACAUAACAGGAGAUUACGAGAAAACACUGCUGGCGAUCUGUGGAUCGGACGAUAAAUAAAAUAUUCAGAGGAACAUGGAUGAUGGAGAUGAAAUGAUAAAACAAGAUGGAUGGAAUAUUUUAUAUUUCACUGCAGUGUGAACAGGAUUUCAGCGUUUGAGUGUGUGUAUGUUUGAGCCUUGAGCUGUUUUACACUGGAAAUAUUUACAGAAAUAAAAACACACAUGAACUGA